AACAAGUGACCUCGUCCUGGUUUCAACAUCACCUCACAAAAGAGUAAAGCAAACUUGAAGCGUUAUCUGCAACUUGCACUUAGAACAAUUGACUGCACCUUGAAGAGAAUAGCGAAACAACAUUUCUCACUGACCAUACCAGAGAUAAUUUCUCUGAAUUAACUCGGACUUCAGCCUAGUUUUUCACGUAUACUGUUCAGUAGUAGAUUUAAUUUAGGCAAACCUACAAUGGGUGUCAAAUGUAGUUUAGAAAGUUGACUGAAUCGAGUCCUAAUUUCAAUAUUUCAAUUAUUCCAUUUAAAAUUCGGUUUAUAUUGAAAGCUAUACCCCCUACCCCUUUUCAAUGGUGCACAGGAAAGAGAGAGGAUCAGGAGGUUGUAUCGUAGAGUUGAGGGGUCAAAUUCAUUUUAAGUAAUCCAAAACAGCAAAGUGUCUAAAGACUUUUGUCACCCAUUGUAGAUUCAAUUUUACAUAUCGACAAUAAUCAAUGAUAAUGUACAAAGCGAGCAUCAAUUUUUCUUUUGAUACCAAGUAAUUUUACCUUAUGAAACUCAGACAAUGACAAAAUAAGUUCGAUCUAGAGACUCUAUAUGUUAUCAGUUCUUUAUUCUUCCUACUCUAUUUGUAGUACCUGCAAAGUUUGUCACAAAGCCAAAGAGUUCAGUAACUGCUUACAAGAACUGGGACAUGAUUCUCAAAUGUGACAUAUUUGGUUAUCCUUUCCCUGUGAUCACGUGGUCAAGACCACUCAAGCAACUUCCAAUCAACAGACAUGUCAUUCAUGGGAACAAACUUAUGAUAAAACACACAACAGAGGAUGAUGGCGGUGCUUACGUUUGCCAGGGAGCUAAUGAAUUGGCCAUGAGGGGUAUCAUGGGAGUGAUAUGGAUCAUUGUGAAAGAUGUUGUGAAUCCGUACAUAGUGUCUAGUCCUCCCAGUGAAAUACGAGUGCAGAAUGUUGGUGAUUCUGUCAAGUUAAAUUGUUCUGCCCGUGGCUUGCCGCUACCUAAAGUCAAAUGGUUCAAGGAUGGAAGCAUAAUUUCUACGGUGGCGCACGAGGAGAAUGAUUUGAUAACAAGUGAGUUUGUGAUUCAUCACGUCAACCCGAGUGACGCUGGGAUCUACACGUGUCUAUUCGAAAAUGAUAAGAAUGGGACAGCGGAAGCCAACACAACUCUGAGUAUGUCAGCAGUUCAUUUCUUUUUGUUCCCUGACUUAAAUGGAAAAUGAGUUCAUUUUCUAUAAGGUCUGUAAGAAAAAGACAUUUUGCGAUGUUAACUAUCUGCUAUACCGAGAUGUUUUUGGAAAAUAUUGAAUCUGUAGUGUAAAUUAAUGUCAGCUAUACAAACAGUGUACUUUGGAUAUAACUCAAAGCAGUUUCGGUUAAAUAAGACAUCUUUAACCGUUUGCAAGUGCUUUAACUGACAACUUCCCUUGCGUGAAUUGAAAUUAUUUAGGGCAGAAAUUUCCUGGAGGGCCUUUUACGAUAGAGAGAUUUUGUCGGUAAAAACGUACUGUAGGUAUGUGACAAGAGGUAUCAUUUGGGGUGGGUGAUUGGGUGGGGAGGGGGUUUGUGGGCAGAAGGUAGAUAUUAGUGGUAGCGCCAUAUGAACACGUACAAGUAUUCUAUAACCCGUUAUUUUCUUCAAUUCUUAUUGGUUUAAGUUAAUUACGUGACGCGAUAGGGUUCAUCCGCGGAGAGACACUGUCAGCCCAUAGUGCCCGUCCGAAGAAAAUACCCGGAUGGAUUGUACUCGUCCAUGAAAAUUUAUCUGUAAACCGGCGGGCUUAUAGAAAAUAAACAAUUGAAAUUGUUUUAAAUUGGUUUUUGUCUGUUUUCUUUUUUCAAAUUUACAUUUGGUUUGAACGGGUUUCAUCUAAAACAGUUGGGAAUAAUUCGAUACGAUGUUUAAACUAGCUCCCGGAAGAAAAUUUGGUGGUGAACAAUAAAGACAAUAAACUGUUUAUCUCUCAGAACUAUCGGCCUAAUAGUUGCCCCUUAGAAAUUCGACACUCUUUAAACUUGCAUAUUUGCUUUAAGAACAUCAAAUUUUCGCUAGGCAAUUAUCAGCCGAUAGUUCCGCGACAGAAA